AGUUAACACUAUAUCCGAAUAAGGAAGUAUGUGACUUCAAUAAAAUAUAAGCUUUUUAAUGAAGUUCAAAUACCGAGAUCUAUGUACAAACUAUGAUUUUUUAAAAACGUCAAUCUUAAAAUCAUCUCAAUACUUGUAACUUGUUUGACUGUUUAUUAUGAAGAAGUAUUUAAUAAUAUAUAUUUUAAUAGUAUAUUUUUUUAUAUAUAUUGAUGCCGGUAUCAAAUCUUCAAGAAAUCAAUUAUCCGAUUCUAUUCUUCACUACGAGCCUUUAGUAUAUAAUAAAGAAAUUUUGCAUGAUAGUCAUUCUAGAGUACGAAGAUCAUUAGAUCCAAAUGAAGAACUUCAUUUAAAUUUCAAUGCACAUUUUAGAGAAUUUAAAUUGCGUCUACGCAGAGAUACAUCUUUAUUUACAGAUGAUGUUAGCUUUGAUUCAUCGACUGGGUUUCAUCCUAAAAAUUUUUACUCUGGUUAUUUACUAGGUUAUCCAGAUUCUUUAGUGCAUGGAUUUAUACAUGAUGAUAUUUUUGAAGGAAGAAUACAUGAUGGGAAGGGGGAAGAGUUUCACAUAGAAUCUGCAAAGCUAUACAAAAAUCUUGAUGCAGAGGAAGUUCAUUCAGUGAUAUAUAAUGUAAAAGACAUAAAACUAUCAACUCCAUUCAAAUGUGGAGGGAUUAUAGCUCAACCAAUUAAAAACAUUGAACCAAAUUUUACUGAUUGGAAUUCAAAGAACUAUUUGAUUUUUAAUGGCGAGAAAGAUAAUGUACACCACAGACAAAAGCGAGCUGUUUAUAAUCCAAAACUAACUGAGUGUCGCAUGCUUUUGCGUGCAGAUUGGACCUAUGUAAAAAACUAUGCUAAGUCUGAUCAACAGGCAAUGAAUUAUAUGGCAACUCAUUUGGCAUCUGUCUCAAAAAUAUACUCGUCAACAGACUUUAAUAAAGAUAAUAAACCAGACGGUAUCACCCUUAAAAUCCAAAAGAUAGGUAUUAUUUCAAAAGAUGGAUGCACCUCUAGUUCUACAGACCCAAAAUGCCAAUUUGCAGAUGAACGCAUUGGUGUUGAGAAAUUUUUAGAUAUUGCAUCAUUAGAAAACCAUGAUGAGUAUUGUCUGUCAUAUGUUUUUGCUUACCGAGAAUUUGCAGAUGGCGUUUUAGGAUUAGCUUGGAUUGGAGACUCUAGUGGAGCUGGUGGAAUUUGCGACAAAUAUCAAUCAAUAAAUUCUGCCAUGAAAAGUUUGAACUCUGGUAUUCUUACUAACCUUAAUUAUGGUAAAACUGUUGCUCCUAAGGUCACUGAAAUUACAUUAGCACAUGAGAUAGGGCAUAAUUUUGGCUCACAGCAUGACCCGGCCACAACUGGAGAUUGUUCACCAGGUGGUAGCGAUGGAAAUUUCAUAAUGUUUCCUAGAGCAACAUCUGGAUCUGAAAAAAAUAACUUUGAAUUUUCAACAUGCAGCAAAAAUUAUAUAUGGUCUGUCUUGAGUUCCAAGUCUUCAAUUUGCUUUAAGGAAUCUGGUGCACCAAUUUGUGGAAAUCGCGUUGUUGAAGCAGGAGAAGAAUGUGAUUGUGGUUAUCGAGGUGAUGACUCUUGCAAUAACGAUACAUGCUGUGAGCCAUCAGAUGGUAAAACAGGUUGCAAGUUUUCUAUAAAAGCUAAUUCUGCUUCUCCUGGUCCCAAAUGCAGUCCUUCACUUGGCAUUUGUUGUGAUCCAAAUACAUGUAGACCCUAUUCAACAAAAGUACUUUGUUUGCAACAAACUGAUUGCGCUGAAAAUUCAUACUGUCUUUCUACUAACUACACUUGCCCAACCCCUCAACCUGCUCCUAAUUUUAAACUAUGCAACAGCAAUACACGUGUUUGUUUAAAUGGAGAUUGCACUGGAUCAUUAUGUCUGGUUGAACCCAUCAACAAAAAUGAAUGUCAAUGUUCAAAAGAUGGAGAGUUAUGUGAUAUUUGCUGUCAAAGUAAAAAUGAUACAUCAACAUGCAAGUCAUUGUCUCAAGACUCGAGUAAAUUGCAACUUCCUCCAGGUUCCGCAUGCAAUCAAUAUUCAGGGUAUUGCGAUUUUCUCAAUAAGUGUCGGAAAGUUGAUGCAGAUGGUCCGCUUUCAAGAUUAAAGCAAAUGAUUUUUAGUUUAAAAACAUAUAACACUAUACUUGAUUGGAUCAAAACGUAUUGGUGGGCAUGCGUACUGAUAGGUUUAGGUCUGAUACUAUUUAUGGCAGGUUUCAUAGCGUGCUGCAGCGUUCAUACACCUAGUAGCAACCCUAAUAAACCACCUGCCCGUCAAAUGACUCUUCCUAGAAGUUUGUCACUGCGUCGCAGUCAGCCUUCAGCACCGCCUGCCGAUAGAAGCCAAGCAAGGCAUCGGGGACCGAACAACGACGAUUCACUACCUGGAUAUAACACAGCUGUGCGUGACACUAAUAGGCCUCCGCAAUAUAGACCUCCUCGUUAUAACGAUUCUGUUGAAAUGAUGUAAUGUACAAAACAUGAUGAAUUUGUUUUGAACCUAUUCAUACGAUCUUUUGUUUAAUUUUUGGUUUAUUUUUCGAUAGUACUUGGCGUAUACUGGGCGUUAUGUUUUUGUAACGUUAUAUUUUUGUAACUCGUCAAAGAAAUUUGGUUUGAUAUAAUCAAGUUACGUGUUAUUGCAAGUAGGUUUUGACGUAUUCAAAUCAGUUGCCAUCAUCCGUAUAAAUUUUAUUGAUGUGUUCCUAAUGACAGUCCUUUACUUUUUGGACAUUUUUAUAAAUAUUUAUAUUAAAAUAUUCCAUUUGCAGUAUUUUACACUAUAACUAUAUAAGCGUAAAAAGGCGGGGGGAUGUAUUUUUAUUUUUUAUCUAUAAUUUAUUUGAUAAUUUUUUUAGUUGAUGCAGUUCUUCGACAUUUGUUUAUAUUUUUAUUUCAUACUAUAAUGAUAUGAUUUUUAUAGGUUAA